CCGUGCUCUCUCCUUCGUCCAAGGAGAAAUGACGAUGGCUACUACCACGGCUCUUACUCUUACUCCUACUUCUACUCUUGUCCUCUUAUGCAUUUUCUAUGCUUUCCUGUGGAUCUCACUUUGCUUCGACCACAAUCGCCCUUCACUUCAAGGCAUUGAUGUGCAAAAUCCAGUCAUAGAUGUCGUUCCAGCACCAAUUAAUGACCCUUCUGAAGGAUCUGAAGACGUUCUAUACUGUGGGCGUGUUCCUGUAUCUGGUAUAUCCCGAUUGAAACUCCAGCAUUAUGCAAGUGUGUAUCGGCUUACAUUGGUCCCUUCGGCAUUGAUCCCUAAGCAAUGGCAGAACAGGAUUCAAGUUUGCUUUCACGGGAAUUCUUCACUUGGAUUAUGCCAGUGUGAAAAGGAUGAAUGGAGAUCUCUUCAAAAUGGGUUAUGGAGUUCUACGAUGGCACCUUAUGUUCAGAAUUAUGUUGAUGUGAAAUUUGAUAACGUGGUUACUGGUUCUGUAACUGUCUCUCUUGAUGAAGUGCAACAGGGAUGGCGUUACAUAUUGCUUGCUGGAGGCCUUGUUUUACUGUUUCUGGCACCCAUUGUCAGCGAAUGGGUUCCCUUCUAUUAUACCAGUUCUAUGGCUAUUGGAAUUUUAGCUGUUGUUAUCAUACUUCUUUAUCAGGCAAGGAAAUUGCUGCCAACUGGUAGGAGAAAUGCCUUUUACCUUGGUAUAAUGUCUUCAGUGCUUGGAGCAGGAUCUUUUGUGGCGCGAAACCUUUCAGCAUUCCUCAAUUCAUUUCUCCAAAACUUUGGGAUAAGUAAAGAAGUCCAGAACCCAGUUUAUGUUUUUGUUGUGCUUGGAAUCAUUAUCUUAGGAGCUGCUCUUGGAUAUUGGCUGGUGCGGAGAUAUGUUGUUUCUGAAGAUGGAGAAGUUGACGUUGGUGUAGCUCAAUUUAUCAGAUGGUCCAUUCGUGUUGUUGCAGUCACAUGUAUUUUCCUGAGCACCAAUGACACCCCUUUGGCGAUGGUGGCAGUGGGGUCUUGUUUGACACUAUAUCAUGUGAUCACUAAGAUGAAGAGACGAUCCGAUCAGGAUCGAUCAUAUUCUGGAAGGGGGAAUCUCUGGGCUUGGAGUAAACAAACAACCCCAAAGCAUGGACAGGCUGAAUUCCUUGGCCGGUCAAAAAAGAUUAGCCCUUGGGGAAGUCCUUGGAAUGGUACAAGGAACUCUUUCGCAUGGUCCAACUCCCCCAUCAAAAGCAAGCUCUCCCCAUCUACCAAUUCAGAGUCAACAGGAAGCCAACGUGACGUUUACUCAACGUUUCACAAGACUCCUAACAGGAAGAAGUUCUCAAAGGAGGAAUGGGAAGAAUUCACAGAGGAAUCAACGAGACAGUCGGUUGCUGAAUUGGCAUCUUCUCCAGAAUUCACCGAUUGGGUCAUCAAGAAUGCGGAUAGAAUCAAACUCCUCCCUGAAGAUUGUUCAGAGGAUAUAGAUGCAAGCGGAUCUUCAGAUUCUACAGACGAGUGUGAGCAACAGAGCGGAACUGGGCAAGGUUUUUUCAACUGGCAAAUGCGUAAGUGAAGAAGGUUUACAAAAUAAUCGAUGACAUUAGGGUGCUAAAUAUCACUGACCUACUGAUUUGCUAAGGAAAACGUAUAACGAUGUUUGUAGCGUAUUAGGAAUUUUUACAAGAACAUCUGUAUAGUUUUUGUUUACCAUAGUUUUACAGUGCUUAUGUUUCUUGAUUC